CAGCCUCUGUAAUCCCCUUGGAUGUGUUGUGAUGAGGAGGAGGAUGAAGGUAAGUCUGUAAGCCUCCCGUCUCCUGACAGACCGCACAGUAAAGACCACAGGGUGAAGACCACAGAAGCGCUACCAGAGACCCACCAACCCAAGGAACCAAGCAGAAUGUCGAACUCUGCACAGGAAGGGGAGGAGCUACCAGUCAGCUAUACGGGUCCCAAGGGCGUGAUCAACGACUGGAGGCGGUUCCGACUGGAUCUGGCCGAGCAGCCAGUCAGGAGAGAGCUGCUGAGACAGAUGAGCAGGGAGGAGGGGCCGGAGAGACCCGGCCGCAAGAUGAGUGUUCAGGAGUGUGAGCUGGUGCAGCAGCAGGGGGAGCGCGGCCUGCGGCGCUACCGGCGGCAGUGCAUGCAGGAGAUGCACCAGCGGCUGAGCUUCGGGCCCACCUUCACCGUCGUGCUGGAGCUGCUCAGCGGGGAGCACUUCCUGGAGGUGGUGGAGCAGGAGCCCCGCGCCCUGGUGGUCGUCCACAUCUACCAGCCCGGGGUCACAGGCUGUGAGGAGAUGAACUCCUCUCUGGACUGCCUGGCGUCAGAAUACCCCAGCGUCAAGUUCUGUCGAAUCGACGCCGUGGCAACCGGAGCCAUAGAACGCUUCUCCUCCGACGUGCUGCCCGCCCUGCUGGUGUACCGGGCCGGGGAGCUGCUCGGGAACUUCCUGUCCGUCACCAAACAUUUCAACCAGGAGUUCUUCGCCACCGACGUGGAGGCGCUCCUCAACCAAUACGGACUGCUGCCCGAGAAGGAGAUCCCGGCCAGCCCCGGGGAGGAGGGGGAAGAGGAGGAGGAG